AUGAGCCUCGCUAGUACCAGCAUCAUAGGUCGAACCCGUCGUGAUAUGCUACGGUCUACGGCCGGCGUUACAAAGGUCGACCGCAGCACGAGGACUUCGAUAUCUGUCGGUCGGUUUUCCGAGGACGGUUUCAUUACGGAUCGCCAACCUCCCCCAGAUCCAGCGGUUAUAUACAGAGCGCAUCAACGAAUGCGGAUCUUGGAAGAACUUGUUGCUACCGAAGAAGGCUACAUCGGAGACAUGCGAUUCCUCGCAAAUGCAUACGUGACGACCUUGGCAUCCAUGCCAACACUCCCGGGCGGCCUUCGCACCUCCAUCAAUCGCAACAUCAUGGACCUCAUCGAGCUUCACGAGGAGAUACUUGGCGAGCUGCAUCGAGCGAUCCCCCACUCUGAGUACUCACAGACCACCGAUUCCGAGUCUGCACCUAUACAUGUUGGACAACCAAGCCACCACAGAUGGGGGGGCAGUGUCGAUGGUGAGCCGGAGCAUCAAAGAAAGAGUCUUCGGCCUCAGGACACCACAGGAAUGACUGCCGACCCUCAAGUGGCUGCAACUGUUGCGAGGAUCUUCAUACACAAAAUGAAUCGCUUUUUCCUGUACGAAGAGUAUGGUGCGAAAUAUGAAUUAAUGAUCAGGGAUAUUUCUCUCGCUCGGCAAACUUUACCUCGUUGGGACAGGUGCCAAAGAGGCCUCGAGGCUCUGGCCUCAUCGCUGAGCGCUGCCAACGCUCCGGCCGACCAGCAGAAAAAGUCCCUUACGAUUAGAGAUCUGUUGGUUAAGCCUAUACAACGUGUGUGUCGAUAUCCUCUUCUCUUUUCCGAACUCCUGAAACACACCCCCGUCUGCGAUUGCCCAAGUUCUCAUAUGGACGUGGAACAUACUUUGGUGCGCCUGCGAGAAACUACCAAGGAGAUAAAUCGUGCUGCGGAUGAUAGCCAGGUCAGGUCUACUGUGGAGAGAACAUGGCUUCUGCAGGACCGCCUGAGCUUUGCCAACCAGAAAUUGGAUGCCAUGUCAAGAAGUCGAAUACGUUCCUUGGGACACAUCCGCCUUUGCGGCGUUCUUCAUGUCUGCUGGCAGACCAGAGAUAGUGUCACGGGUAGUUAUAUGAUCUGCCUUCUCUACCGAUGCCACCUUUGCAUUGCUACGGCUGGUCGAGCCGAUAGUAUGUACGCAAUACAGGCUUGUAUACCCUUGAAUAAUAUCAAGGUCGAAGAGCCUGAUAAUGGACGAGGUAUGUACAGUGAAUACGAUGCCUUUCCUGCACCCGGGCUCUGCCGCAAGACGAUUCGAUUGACACAUGCCAAAGGUCUGCAGUGUCAUACGGCGCGCUAUUCCUGGAAGCUUGUUUUCGAAAGCGACCACCAGCUGUACGAGCUGAUUAUGUCGGCUUGUAGCCAAAAGGAGAUGAUGCAUUGGCGAACCAGACUGGACAAUUCAACACCUGUCAAUGGGCAACAUCAGUCCCAAACCUGUCCCAUCGGGUCAUUGGCACUCGACAUUAAGUCAUUGGGAUUUGUGUAUAGGAAGCCAGGAACGAUGACUCGGAGGAUGUCGAUACACAGGGCGACUACAUUGGGACCAAAGUCGCCUCUUUACCAAGUCAUCAUCAAAAACACCAGCAACCACAAAGAAUCGACGGGCACAAGCACCAAAUCUCCUAUCAACCGCUCACACUCUCUGCUGACUACUACGGCCCGUAUCCCUGUUCUGGCACCAGCCAGAGGCGAGCGAGCGCGACUCGAAGCUCUGGUUUCUGAUGUAUGGACCAAAGAGAUCUUACCUUUUCCUGGGAUUAUGGAACGAUCGCGAAGCGAGCGUCCUGCCAGGACUUCAGCUUCGUCAAUGAUCCGGAAACUGAGUGUGGCCAGCAUUGCUAGCACAUUCUCGCGGCGUUCGAGCAGCUUUUCCAGCAUGCAUGUUGCAGGUACUGCUGAUCAGCUUGACGACAAUGAGUCGACAACGACACUAGAGCAAGAUAUCGAGGGUCAUGCGGUCGAGAACGAGGCCAGCCCUGGGGAAUGGUCGAAGUCGUGUUUGUCAGUCAUCACGGACGAAGCAGACAAGCGUAGCAUUACUCCUCCUCAUGGUACAAUCAUCGACGAAGCCAAAGAAAUCGAAAGAACUUCCUCUCGAGUCGAAGGACGACUGCGGACAGCUGUUCAGUCUAUGGCAAGUCUGAACACUUGUCGUCCAACGAGUCGGCAAGUGACUCAAACAUCAAGGGUGACUGCUGCCAACUCUAUGCAAGAGAGCGCGAACACACCCUUUAGCGACAGCUGUGCUGCGUCACCCGUUAAGCCGGUUAGCAAGUGGACCAAGAUUGGGAGUCUGCACCGUGGCGUGUCUGUUCAAGGGAUCCGAAGCUUGUUUCGAUAA